GCUUCGGGCCAAGUUGGACGUCGCGACCCGAGCGAGGGCCAGGUCAGCGCCGGUCCCACGAGGCGAAGCCAAGUGACCUGCGUUCGGCCAUGGCCUCGCUACUGGGAGCCUACCCGUGGACCGAAGGGCUGGAGUGUCCCGCCCUGGAAGCCGAGCUGUCGGAUGGGCUGUCGCCGCCCGCCGUCCCCCGACCUCCAGGGGACAAGGGUUCGGAAAGCCGGAUCCGGCGGCCCAUGAAUGCCUUCAUGGUGUGGGCCAAGGAUGAGAGGAAACGCCUGGCGGUGCAGAACCCAGACCUGCACAACGCGGAGCUCAGCAAGAUGCUGGGAAAGUCGUGGAAGGCGCUGACACUGUCGCAGAAGAGGCCCUAUGUGGACGAGGCAGAGCGGUUGCGCCUCCAGCAUAUGCAGGACUAUCCCAACUACAAGUACCGGCCCCGCAGAAAGAAACAAGGCAAGCGUCUCUGCAAGCGCGUGGACCCUGGCUUCCUCCUGAGCUCCCUCUCUCGAGACCAGAACACGCUGCCUGAGAAAAAUGGUGUUGGCCGGGGUGCACUGGGAGAGAAGGAGGACAGGGGUGAGUACUCCCCAGGUGCUGCCCUGCCUGGACUACACAGCUGCUACCAUGAAGGUGCAGCGGGUGCCCCUGGCAGUGUGGACACAUAUCCCUAUGGGCUGCCCACGCCCCCCGAGAUGUCGCCUCUGGACGCCCUGGAGCCUGAGCAGACCUUCUUCUCAUCUUCGUGUCAGGAGGAACAUGGCCACGCCCACCGCCUCCCUCACCUACCAGGGCCCCCUUACUCCCCAGAGUUCACGCCUAGUCCCCUCCACUGCAGCCACCCUCUAGGUUCUUUGACCCUCGGCCAAUCCCCAGGGGUUUCUAUGAUGUCCACCGUUCCUGGCUGCCCCCCAUCGCCAGCCUACUAUUCCCCUGCCACCUACCACCCUCUUCACCCCAACCUCCAGGCCCACUUGGGCCAGCUCUCCCCACCUCCUGAGCACCCUGGCUUUGACACCCUGGAUCAACUAAGCCAGGUGGAACUUCUGGGGGACAUGGAUCGCAAUGAAUUUGACCAGUAUUUGAACAAUCCCGGCCACCCUGACUCUGCUGCAGGGGCUGGGACCCUCAGUGGGCAUGCCCCACUCUCCCAGGGGACUGCAACAGGCCCCACCGAGACCAGCCUCAUCUCCGUCUUGGCUGAUGCCACAGCCACAUACUACAACAGCUACAGCGUGUCAUAGAGCCAGAGGCACGGAGCCUGGCCCAGACCUGCCAUCCUCUCCUCCCUCUGAAGCACUGAGCAGAGCAGAAACUGUAAUGUCACCGUCCCUCGGUGGCAGGAGGUCAGAACUGCUGUCCCAGACCCUCCAGUCUAAAGCCAGGAUUCAGCGCGCCCCUUCUGUCCCUUCAAAUGUGUCUCGUUGGCUUCACCCCGGAAGCACAGCCUUGAGGGGCUGUGUGCUGUGUGUGGUGGUAGGACUUCCUGGCCACUCUUGCGUCUCCCCAUCAGUGUAGCUGACGGUGGAGAGCCCAGUGCAUUGGAGCUCCUGCUUUUGAUGUAGCCACUUCUGAUCUGUGGUGCUCCCAGUGAGAAGGACCCUGGGCCUGGGGUCCAUCUCAGUUCAGUCUCUAACUGGCAAAACCCCAUUCUGGCGUGACUAGCCUUGACUGUUCUCUCCUGUAAAGUGAGGCUUGGCUUGAUAGCCAAGGCCCUGCUCUGUGGUUCUCUGUGUUAUAUAUGGCUCUCCCAAGGCCAAGGAAAGUGUGAUCCCAGUCAUGGGCAGCCUCAUGGGUCCAAGGGCCCAGGUUUUCUGCUUUCUUAUACUCUGGUCCACAGUUACCCUAGAAUUCCAAAGGAACUCCUCCAACUGAGAAAAAUAUUUACCCUUGGGGUGGGCAAGAUGGCUCAGGAUGGCUCAGUGGGCAAAGGAGCCUGCUGCCAAACUUGAACUACAUUCUAUCCCUGGAGCCUACACGUGGAAGGAGAGAACGGACUCGUGAAGUUGUAUUCUGACCUCCGUGUGCAUGCCAUAGCACAUGUGCCCUCGAAUUAUAUGUGUACUUGAGCAUGCCCACACGCAUACACACACAUACCAAAUGUAAACUGUUUUUGUUUUUGUUUUAAAAAGAAAACAUGCACCCUUGUUCGGGAAAUUAAUGAAUAUGUUCAGCUGUAUCACUGAAAGCAAAAUUGGAUUCAAAGUUUCUUUGUUUUGUUUUGUUUUGUUUUUCUCUUCUGAGACGGGGUUUCUCCGUGUAGCCCUGGCUGUAUUGGAAUUCACUUUGUAGACCAGGCUGGCCUCGAACUGAAAGCCUGCCUCUGCCUCUUGAGUGCUGGGAUUAAAGGCGAGUGCCACCAUGCCCAGACUUGAAGUUUUUUGUUGUUUUGUUUGUUUGCUUGCUUGUUUUUUUGUUUUUAAUAUAUACUUUAGACACAUUCUUUUUUUGUUACAUACACUCCAGGAGACUACAGUGUGAGACAGAUGCCCUUAUGCAGGUCUGCCCCUCCCCUAGGGUGCGUAGCCUGAUUUAGAUUCUUCUCAACUGUAGCAAUGUCUCUCCACCUCCCUGCUGGAUGACCCAAAGAGCUAGGAACCUAAAAACACUAUCCACCAAGCAGCAGCAUCCGGGUGUGCUGAUUUCUCCGGCAAGGCUGCAGCAUGGUGCUAUCUGUAGAUGCAAAGGAGGACUCUCUUCCAGCUGUCUGCUGCUCCUCACGCUCUCCUGAAGGUUUUUUUCCCCUCUCUGUUAUUCUCCCUUCACUCCAAACUGGCCCCCAACUCAAAGGGCCCCUGACUUGAAAUCCCAGACACGAUUGCCUUGGCCAUGAGGGAAACUUGGUUCUUGUUCAAGUGGAUAUAUCAGAACAGUUUCCCUGUCCUACCGUCCUUUGUCUGGCCCAAACAAACACAUGUGACACCCAAAGAAUGUUUCUGAGCUCUGAUCCCACCCCAGCUGUUUCUAUCCCCAAAGCCUCCUUUGAAGG